AUGGACUCGGAUCUCACAUUCAAAGAACCGACCGAAGUCACUAUCGGGAUCCGCAUCCGUUUCAAGGUCCAUGUCUUCGAGCUUGAGGAUAGAGUGGGAGGACGCAUCUUCACGUGGAGAUUCGACAAACAUGCUCCCAAUCAAUACUUCGAGGCAGGUGCGAUGCGCAUCCCCAAGACUGAGAUGCAUCUGCCGGUGCUAUCGCUAAUCAAGUGCCUCGGGAUCGAAACGAUCCCCUACAAGUUGUCUCACGAGGGAAACUUCGUCUACGUCAAUGGGCGAACGGGCGAGGACGUCACGGCUAACGCACUUGGUUUCGAUCUCCCGGAGCCUUACAGGGACCAGACGGCCCCAUUUUUGCUCCAUAAAGCCUUGGAGCCGCUUCUGGAGGGUUUGCAUGAGGAUUUUGACACAUGGUGGGGUAACCUCUUGCGCUGGGAUAGGGUGUCAUUCCGGCAAUAUCUCUUCGACGUGGCCGCGUACCCGAGCUCUGUCAUCGACUUCAUCGAAACCCUUUGCUCGCAAACCAAUCAGUAUGCCCUCAGCGUUCCCGAAUUAGUGAUGCAAAAUAUCGAUUUUGGGAACACGGAGUGGGUCACUAUACCUGAUGGCAUGGACCGGCUCCCCAAUGCUAUGGCUGAGAGGGUCCGUUGGAAGAAUAUUACUCUCAAUGCUCGUGUCACUCAGCUCUCGGAAGAGAAAUUCAUCGCAAGAGAUGGGAAACUCAAGCUGAAGAUACGUCUCCGUGCACGGGUCGGCAACAGUGACCGUGUCGUGGGGGGUCUUUAUGACAAGGUCAUCCUGGCUAUCCCCCCUGUUGCCGUCAACAUGAUCCUCGAUCGCCCCCGCUGGGGUUCCUUGAAGGAACAGGCUAUCAGAGCCAUGCAUUACGAACCUCUCUUCAAGAUGGGUCUGCGUUUCAAGACGCGCUUCUGGGAGAGAGGGGGGUCUGCAUCUUUGGGCGGUCAGUCCACGACCGACCUCCGCAUCCGCUGGAUCGUCUAUCCUUCGUAUGGCAUCGGUGACAGCGGUAUGGGGGUCCUUCUGAUUUACAGCUGGCUGUCGGACGCGACUGCUUGGGCUUCCGUUCCUUUCGAGGAGCGGCUCCAGAUCGCACUGUUCGACCUCCAGCGAACGUAUCCCCUGGUCAAGGUGAAAGACGAGUUCAUCGAAGCGUCGGACGUCUUGUGGUCCAACCGCAACCCUACGGGCGACUGUGCGUUCUUGCCUGGGCAGUUCUCCGACUACUUCGAAAUUGCCAAGAGCCGCGAGGGGAACAUCUUCUUCGCUGGAGAGCACCUCAGCCGCCACCACACAUGGAUCGCCGGGGCACUCGAUUCCGCCCGCCGCGUCGUCGGAGAGAUCAUCAAAGACGCAUUCAGCGAUCAGCUAGCGCAAUUCGUAAGGUUCCCUCUCGGGCAUCAAAUUGGAUGGAUGCCGGCGUACGACAGCGAUGAGCCGAUAGGAGCAUAUGACCCUCGCGACGUCCGCUACAAACUCCUCUUUGAGAAGGCGAAGCAGCCCGACUUCGUCGAGAAGAUGAAGAAGUCGAUCAUGGAGGGCCAGGUUCCACUGAGAGUCGGUCCCGCGGGCUUGCAUUGA